AAACAAUUCUUUUCCAUCGAAUUUGUCGUGUAUGAAUAUUCAUCACGCAUCUACUGUAUCCAUUGACCUCAAGUCAUCGAUCAAGUGCAGACGCGCAACAAAUAGUACGCAAACACUUCUCGGAAGGAACAUCGAGAGUUUUCCCUGCAAAAAGAAUUAUCAUGCAGCAGAAAAGGAAAGCACAGGAUGCAUUUCCUGCAACCAGCACACAGCCCCGUCUAAGCGCGUUCGCUGCUGCAAAGGCAAAAGCCGCGAUUCAAAUAGCACCUGAUGAACCAUCAGAAGCGAGUGUAGUCGCUGCUGCCGAAGCCGUAGGAAUCCCUCGUCGCAACGGUGGUAACUAUGGUGCUGUUACUGGAAGCCCUCAACUAUCCACACUACUGUCGAGUUUUCCUCUGUCGAAAUCUCAAGAGCUUGAUGAGCAUGCAUCUAGCGACGAUGAAGAGGAUGAUACUGAUUUUGAAGCCAAUUAUCACCAUGCUUACAAUAGCACAUCAUCUUACAAGACCGAUCAACCUUGCAAAUUGUCAAAUUUACCACCGGAUGAGCAAUGUAUUCUCGCAGACACAUCGAAGAUGCUGAGCCUAAAACUGGAAGCUGGAGAGACUGCUACUUUUGUUGGAGAGUAUGAUUUACGAGUCAACUCUGGCUAUGUUAUGAUAUAUGGUGCUAUACUUAGAUCGGGCUCGAAAACCCACCGAGUUUAUGCACCCUCUACACAUGCGCUACCCGUGGUGACGGCGAAGGGUGGUCCUGCGGAGAUCGACAUCAUAUCUACCACACCUUCGCUUGGACCGUUGAGCAAAGUCUCUCCCCUAUGGACAAAGCUAUGGCACGCGCAGACUCCCAAGGAGACACAACAACCUGACGCCGAAACCAAAUCGUUUGCUCUGCUUCGCAGCUCUUCAGACGAUCCCUUGAAACGUGCUGUGACAGCGCUCGAGGUGGAGCAAGAUUGCCAAGUCACUUUGAACAGAGUCCUGAGCAAGCCAACGGCAACUCACCCAAGUUCGGUCAUCAUGGUAUCUGGUCCAAAGGGAUCUGGCAAAUCGACCAUAUGCAAAUGGAUCAUCAACACCUUCCUGACAGCCUCCAAGGCUACAGCGUCGACCUCAUGCUUCUGGCUGGAUCUUGAUCCUGGACAACCCGAGUACUCUGCACCUGGCCAGAUGUCUCUUGUACAGGUCCGGUCGCCUGUUCUUGGUCCCAACUAUACGCAUCCCUCUGGUCAUGUCAGUUCAUCUUGCAGGGCUAUCCGAUCGCAUACGAUCGCAGCCAAUUCACCGCGGGAUGAUUCUGUCCAUUUUCUGGCUUGUGCCAUGGAUUUGCGUGACGCGUACUUUAGUGCACUUGAGGACUUCCCUGGAGCACCACUGGUGAUGAACUGUUCUGGUUGGGUGCUUGGCUCUGCAGUCUCUGCUAUGAUGGAGCUGGUACAACAGUUUCCUCUGACUGAUGUUGUGCUCAUGGAGCCUAUGGAAAGGGAGACUGUCGCAUGUAUCGAGGCUACACUGCCGAUGGCGAAGGUGUUGAUGAUUCCACCCAGACACAAGCCUGCUCAGUCUCGUACGAGUGCCGAGCUACGUGCUAUGCAAGCAAUGUCUUACUUCCACUCCCUGCCUCCCUCCGCAGGACUUUCGGCAUGGACGGACAAGACGCUGUCACAGCUUCACCCCUGGCACGUGAGGUACAACGGUGAGAACUCUGGCAUCUCUUCGAUCAUGUCCUACGGCGAGGCAGUGAACCCAGACUUUCUGGCGUCAAUACUCGAUGGUAUGAUGGUAGCCAUCUGCGAAGUAGAGUCAGACGAAGCAUACGCAACGGUACAAUACAGACCUCCUCACGUGCCCUCAGCUUCAGCAGCAGAAAUGGGCGAGCACAUGACAGAAAGAGUCGGCAGAACACCCGAAGGUCUGCCAUACCUUCGCGCUGAUAACAGUGGCUUGAUUCAACCACUCGACCCCCGCUUCUCAUGCUGUAAAGGCCUUGCAAUUAUCCGUGGUAUCGAUGUAGCGAGACAGGAACUUCAACUCCUUACACCAAUGUCUGUCAAGCAAAUUAAAAACUUGCAGGGCUCAAAGACUGUGUUGGUCAGAGGUAAAUUCGACAGUUCUGGUUGGGUGUUCUUGGAGGACGUGUAUAGCGGAAAUGCACAGAGAGUGAAGAGACAGGAAGUGUUGAGUUUAUUGAAGGACAAGACUCGUAGACCUUAUGUCGCUCAAAGGGACGCGACAGAUAUGGGCUUGGGCUUGGGAGAAAAGGAGUGGAGAGUGCGACACUUGCCGAGAAACUUUGGCGCCAGAAAUGCUGCAUGAGGCGUUUGGAGAUGGUUGAUGUUGAUUGCAUGGCCGGUACAGGAUUGAAUAGCAUGAAUGGAAAGCGCAAGGGAAGGAAAGCAUGAUU